CCCAGGAGAGGAAACAUGGCAAGCCCCAGAGCAGUCAGGGCUGCCCAGCCAAACAGCAUUUCCCUGGAGCUACUGAGAUUCUGGACACAAUGUUCUGGCCCACCAAGAAAGACCUCAAGGUCGCCAUGGAUGUCUUUGCUAUUUUCCAGUGGGCCCUCAGUGCCUUCCUUAUAGCAAUCACUGUGAUCACUGUCAACAUCUACUUGGUGGUGUUCACAUCAUACUGGCCUCUCACUGUGUUGAUGUUCAUAUGGUUGGCUUUUGACUGGAAGACCCCUGAGCGAGGUGGCCGCCGGUUCACCUGUGUGAGGAGGUGGCGUCUGUGGAAACACUAUUGCAAUUACUUCCCAAUCAAGGUUGUGAAGACGAAUGAUAUUUCCCCCAGCCAAAACUAUAUUCUUGCCUGCCAUCCUCAUGGGCUCAUGGCCCAUUCAUACUUUGGCCACUUUGCCACUGACACAUCAGGCUUCUCCAAGAUCUUUCCCGGUAUCACUACUUAUCUGCUCACACUAGGAGCGUUUUUCUGGGUGCCAUUCUUAAGAGAGUAUGUAAUGUCUACAGGAUGCUGCUCGGUGAGUCAAUCCUCCAUGGAUUUUCUGCUUACCAAAAAGGGCACAGGCAACAUGCUUGUCGUGGUGGUUGGUGGCCUGGCUGAGUGCAGAUACAGCCUGCCAGGCUCUACCACCCUGGUCUUGAAGAAGAGGCAUGGCUUUGUGCGCACAGCCCUUCGACACGGGGUGUCUUUAAUCCCUGCUUAUUCCUUUGGAGAGACAGACCUCUAUGACCAGCACAUUUUCACUCCUGGGGGUUUUAUCAAUCGCUUCCAGAGGUGGUUCCAGAAGAUGGUACACGUCUACCCCUGUGCUUUCUAUGGGCGUGGCUUCACCAAGAACUCCUGGGGCCUUCUACCCUAUUCUCAGACAAUAACCACUGUUGUCGGGGAACCUCUACCACUACCCAAGAUUGAGAAUCCGAGCCAGGAGACUGUGGUCAAAUACCACACACUCUAUAUCGACGCCCUUCGCAAACUGUUUGAUCAGCAUAAGACCAAGUUUGGCAUCUCAGAGACCCAGGAGCUGGUGAUAAUUUGAAAGACAUUCCCCUGACUGGAUGGUGUGGAACUGAUGACAACAGGCAACAGUUACCUAUGGAGCUUUGCUUCUGACGACUCACUAGUGGGACG